UGAGUAUAGCGACGGAUGAUGUUUUCCAAGCCUUUCAAGCCUCUUACUAUCCGCAAACCCGUCGCCACCGGCGAAACUCUUGAUCAUGGAGUACCUCCCGCCAAGCGGAGGAAGCUCAGCCCUGAUCUCCAUCCUCGAGCAGCGAAGCCUCAAUCCAACGAGGGCGAAAGACAACCCCUCAAGUCGAUCGUCAACCCUCCGAGCCCUGUUCUAAAACUGAGUGACAAUGCAUCAGAAGGCAUCGAGAGCUAUUUUUCGAUUCUGUGGCGUGUGCCAACGAACAAGAAGAACAAGACUUGGACGGACGACGGUGUACUCGCCGUCAGAGAUGGUUUCGCAACGUUGUAUACAAAGUCCGGGAAGAGCAUUGGCCGCACUGCCUUCUCGGCGCCUUUGCUGCCCGAGUCAAACCUGACCAUUAGUGGAAAGGAAGUCGAGGUCGAUUCCCAGAUCAGCAAGAAUGCCUUCCUGGAAAUUAUCGGUUCCAAGUCCAAGCCUCCGAGUAGCGAACAUAAAGCCGUACCCAAGGCUCCAUCCGCAAAACCUUCUGACGUCCAGCCAUCAAAGCCAAGCAUACAGAGCCAGAUGAAAGCUCAGAUACAAAAAGAGAAGGCUCAGGUUGAGAAACAACACCUUUCGCAGGUCAGUCGUGUCGGCGUGUUCAAGCAGCCGUUGAAGGAGUCGACUAUACUUCCAAAAAGCAUGGGUGAGUCGCCAACUCCGCGACAUGACCCUAACGCGGAAGGGGCAAUUGUCUUCAAGAGACCCAGGAGUCCGCCGGGAGGCCGACAGAUUGUGGACGUGGUUUUAGACCCCCUGAUUGGCAAGAAAUUACGACCACAUCAGCAAGAGGGAGUCAAAUUCCUCUACGAAUGCGUUAUGGGGCUGCGUGAUUUCGACGGCCGAGGGUGCAUUCUGGCAGACGACAUGGGUCUCGGGAAGACGCUGACCACGAUCGCUCUCCUAUGGACACUCUUGCGACAAAACCCAAUCUUCAGGGAGACACCUGUGAUCCGAAAAGCUCUCAUUGUGUGUCCGGUGUCCCUCAUUCGGAAUUGGAAGCGAGAAUUUAGGAAAUGGCUCGGCUCCGACAGGUUGGGGGUGCUCGAGUUCGAGGAUCAACAGACUCGUUUGAGCAGUUUCGACGGGAGAGUCUAUCAGGUCAUGAUCAUUGGCUAUGAAAGAUUGAGGAUAGUGGCUGAUGAUCUUGCCAAAGGACAACCUAUUGACAUUGUCAUCUGUGACGAGGGUCAUCGUCUAAAGACCAUGAAGAACAAAGCGGCGCAGGCUAUUGAGUCGCUAAACACGAAGCGGAGGAUCAUUCUGUCGGGGACUCCAAUCCAGAAUGAUCUGGGCGAGUUCUUUGCUAUGGUCAAUUUUGUGAACGAUGGGUGUCUGGGAUCUCAAAAGGGCUUUAGCCGCGACUUUGAGAAGCCCAUCAUGAGAAGUCGUCAACCGGAUGCGCUACCGGCCGAGGUGGAGCGUGGUCAAGAUGCCAGCGAGGAAUUGACUCGUACGACGUCGGCCUUCAUCCUACGAAGAACGGCGGACAUUCUGGCAGACUUCCUGCCUCCCAAAACGGAAUAUGUCCUAUUCUGCAAACCAACACCAGCCCAGGCAAAGAUCUAUCGGAGCGUUGUUCGUUCGCCGAUGUUCCACAAUGCACUGCGCAGCCAGGAGACAGCGUUUCAGUUAAUCACCAUUUUGAAGAAACUCUGCAACAGCCCAGCGUUGAUGGACCCUAACUACGGCAACGAUGAAUCGACCCCUUCAUCGUCGCUCAUCACAUUGAACGAAAUGCUUCCCGAUGGAUUGUCGAGGCUGUACCAAAACUCAGUGUCUUGCAAGAUCCGUCUUCUUGAUCAACUCCUUCAGCAAAUUCGUACGACUACUGAUGAAAAGGUCGUGGUCAUUUCCAAUUACACCUCCACGCUCAACUUGAUCCAGCAGUUGGCAGCAAACUCCAACUUGUCUUUUCUCCGCCUUGAUGGCUCAGUCGCGGCGAAAAAGAGACAAGCCCUGGUGGACAAGUUUAACCAUUCAACAGCCGCCCAGUGCUUCCUCUUUCUUCUGAGUGCUAAGGCGGGUGGAGUUGGAUUGAACUUAAUUGGGGCAAGCCGUCUGGUUCUUUUCGACGUGGAUUGGAAUCCUGCGACGGACGAUCAAGCAGUUGCGCGCAUUUACCGACAAGGGCAGAAGAGACACUGUAGAAUCUACAGGUUUAUGAUCAAAGGUGGUCUGGAAGAGCGCAUCUGGCAACGGCAAGUUGUUAAGAGAGCGUUAGCGGACAGUAUCAUGCAAGGAGGGUCGCACGAGGCGACAGCCAAGACUCAAGGUGGUACUUCAAGUUUCAGCCAAGAGGAAUUGAAAGACCUUUUCCGUCUAGAUGAAGGUGACGGAUUACGAACGCAUGACCUGAUCGACUGUGGCUGUGAGGGUGCGGGAUGGGACGGUGAUUGCAAGGACGAGACCGAUGUCGCCCUCUUUUUGGGGGAGAACGACAAGCCUGAAUCUGACAACGAGGACCUCGAAGUUCCCCCUCUGAAGCCAAAAGGUCUAUCGUCGAGGAAAUGUUCGGCACGCUCGUGGACUACAGCAAAGGACGCUCUGAGCACAGAUACGGCACCUAUCCCGACGGAACUUGAGGCAGAGAAGCACCAAUUGAUGCAGUACAGGCAUGUGGACACUUCGAUUCUGACCCAGAAAGAUGGAAAUUCGGAGCUGAAAGGGCAGAUCAUGUCGGCAAUCGAUGAUGAAUGUCUGGGACAUGUAGUCACUCUUGACCCGGACAUGAUAGGGGGCGGUGGGGUUUCGUAUAUAUUCAAGAAGAUCAAAGGCAGCCAGUGUCUCUAAGGAAAGGAUGGCUCACGUGUCAGACGUCGAUAACGAAUUUAGGCUUCACAACAUGGCUCGGACGGCUUCACAUUAGAGACGAGGUCGCCAUGAAAAUACGAAGAUAGAGAACAUGAAGGAUACAUGUGGUGAC